CAGGGGGUCCAGCUUUGCGCUGCCUCAGCCGAGGGACGGGCAGAGCACCCCGGCUGUGCCCACCCCACUCUGCCCGUCCCGGCCGUGCCCACCGCGCUGCCCGCCCUGCCGCCGGUGCUGCACAUUCGCAGGCUGGACCACAAGAUGGCAUUCCUUGCUUGCCAGGAGCCGCUGGAGGCGGGGCGGGAGCAGCCUUGGGUGCUUUGGGGAUGUCGCCUCUGCCCCGGCAGCCCUGGACAGAGCCUGCCGGUCCUGCUGCCCUGCCAGCAGGCAGGAGAGCUGCCCUUCCCCAGCUGGCUUCUGCCCGUCCUCUCCCGGCCAGCCCCGCACGCUCUCUGGUGCUGGUUUGUAGGCUGAGGGCACGGUGGCUGUGCCGUGAGAGCUCCCAGGGAUGUAUGGCCAGAGCAGGUCCCAGCCCAGCCCUGUCUCAGCACCCCAACCCUCUCUCCAGGUGCAGAGGUGCCCUUGGCGGCGGGGCCAGCCGUUGUGGUCUCAGUGAGUGCACCGAUGUUUGGGCAUGGCCGCGGGUGAGCAGUGCAGUAGUAGCCACCCCUCUUCAGGCAAUUCCAGAUUUUGGGAGUCCUUGCUCUGUCUGAUGGCCCGACACAAAGAGUUGGGGAUGAGGAUGCUGGACCUGGUGUCAUGUGUGACUUCUGGAAGGAAUGGCAGCGCCUGCCCUGUGUCCUUGCUGAGCAGGAGAGGUGACACAGGGCAGUUUGCUGCCCCAGGCAAGGAGACCGCAGGGCAGGGCUGAAGCCCUUGGGCUAGUGGGAGCCCUUCAGGCAGGGCUGGGACUCCUGUGCCCCUGGUGCUGGGGAGGAGGGUUGGGGUUGAGUUACUGCAGGGCUGAAAUCCCAGCCAGGCUGAGAGCUCUUUGUUCUCUCUGCUGUUAGCUUUGGCCUCCCCGGGGAAUGGAAACCUUGCAGGGAGGCUGUGGCUGGCUGGAAACUCUUAUUUUUGUGGCUGUUAGACGCUCCUAGCCAUUACUUCUGCUUGUAGGCUCGUAAUGUUAUUUCUUUUUCUGUGCUGUGUAGGAAAUUGAGUCUAUUUCUGUUUAAAUACUGGGGUAAUAGAGCCUGCUAUUUAGUGAAAGAUUUAUGUAAAUGGCUCUUUGUUUCACACGAUUGGGCCUUACAGAGUGUAAGUUACAUCGAUAAUGUAAUUAUGCCAGUACUGCCAUUUCAAAGCAGCACGUUGUGGAGAAGCCUCCAAUUUCUGUAUAGAAUAGGACUUGAAAACCUUGCACUUUUAAAAUCAACUUUUAUUCUGCAGUAAGAAAAAAUAGUAGAGCUGUUUUACAGAACAGCCUGUUCUGGAGCUGUUGACCUUUUUAGCUUAGAACCCAAGAUUUCUUUUGUAUCAGAAUUGUGGAGCACCUAUUACUGCACAUCAUAAUUGCAUUACCUAAAUGCAAUUAGCCUUAAAAUGCAAUUUCCCCACCUUUUCUUAAAGCUUCGCAUUUUGUUUAAUGUCAAUCUGGUGGUCAGUAUCGCUUCACUCUGGCGUUUGUAUUAGCAUGGAGGUUACAGUAACUUUUGAGUAUUAUUUGAGUUCAGUAAAUUAUCUUGUGCUUUACAAUCUCAAGCUCAUUAUAUGCAAUGGAGAAUGAGGUCCCUGUAGCCUUCUGCACCUUUUUUCUAGCCAGGGGAGUUUUGUAAGUUCCACAAUAGACUAGUCAUCCUUAGAAGUCCUGUUCUUGCACAUACAUUUCUUAUAUAGGAUGUUGCCCUCCAGGCAACCUAUACAAUUUUGGCAUAAUUCCUUUUCAGUGGGGGUCUUGGUGCGAGAAUCUCUUCCAGCCUUGAAGGGACUUGUCUUUCCAGGCUGCGGGAAAUGAGGUUACCCUGAGCAGGGACAGGCAGUGACAGUCCCUUACCCCGGCUGUCGGCCAGCCCCUGAACGGAGGAGUGUGUCCUCAUGCCAGGGGGGACCUACACUGCGGUCCGGAGUGACCUCCUGCUGUCACACUCUCCUAGCAACUUUUGCAGGACAGUGAAAUAUUCCGUCCCAGUCUGCACUCGGGUGCCACUGUACUGCACCCUUCCAGCUUUUUGCUUGAGGAAAUGGGUUGUGUGGAGGUGCUCAGCAGCAGUGACCUGCUGCGGAACUCAGGACGCCGUUGUUCUCUGCAGAGUGGAGCGCGGGGGGCUUUCGCCCAUGGAGCUGCCGUGCUGCCGAAAGCUCUGCUCAGCCCUUGUUUGAAAAACAUGAUACCGGUCAAGAGCUCACGGCUUCCUUUCUGUGGUGUGGAGUAUCCCAGUCCCAUGGAGAAACACGUCACGGCUGUAGAAACAGUGGAAGAGAAAACAGAUUUGUCUACGGGGAUUAUUUACCGGAGAAGAAUUGCAACGUGCCAGAAUGUAAUUCCUGAAAUUUUAAGAAAGGUCAGUGUCUUAAAAGUGCCUGACAUCUACUUGGAAGAGGAAUCUUGGCUUAAUAUGGAGAAAAGAAACAUGGCUAUGAGAAGUCAUUGUCUUACAUGGACACAGUAUGCAUCUCUGAGCGAGGAGUCUGUCUUCAGAGAGAGCUUGGAGAAUCCAAACUGGACAGACUUCACCCAAAAAGGCAGAAUAUCAGUUACGGGGGCAGGUUUGCUCAACUGUGUGUUGGAAGCUUUUGCUCAAUCGUUUUUAAAACAAGGUGUGAAGAAGGGCAUUAAAAUAAUGGAGAAGCUUCUUCAGGAGCAGUGUGGGUGAUCGUGCUCUUAGCGAGCAGUUGAGAAAAUGUGUUUUCGUAGACUUUCCUUGGAACCACAGAUCUUAAUUGGCAUCGGAAUUCCAUGGCUGCUGUCCGAACUUUACUGGUACCAUUUUAGUGAGGAAUUAGCAUUUAAUGUGCACAGCUGGAAGAAGAGAGGACCACAGACUGCAAAUCUUUUACAAAAGAUUAAGGAAUCGUACUACUUAAGGGGAUGUUGAUUAUGAAAAUCGGGGAGGAAUGAGUGUAAGCUUGGAAACAGCAUCUUCCUGUGAAUUGGUGCUGUAAUCUCUAGAGACAGAGAAUUGGGUAAGGGAACACAGAGAAACUGAACACAAACAGUCCUUGUUGCUAUGAAGCCCCUUUGCCUGGUCAAGCCCUUGCUUUGUGUCUUCCCAAGGGAGGUGCGAGCACACCCCGUGCUGUUCAUCCCCCAGCUCAAUGCUGGGGGGAGAGGCUUCCUCUGGCAGGAACGGAGCUCGGCUGUAGCGGCUGAGUCGGGUCGCUGUUCCCCACCUGAGUCACUCGUUACUUCAGUGCCGAUUGCUGUGCUGGAAAUAUUUGGUUAUUGUGCCCCUGCCAGCAUGAUUCUUUUCAGCUGUAAAGACAUGCCUCAGUACAAGUUCUGCAUAUCUUUGAGUUCUUCCAGAAAGUAUGUCUCUUGUAGUGCUUCUAAAUGGAAGAAGGAGAAACCUGGAGGGGAAUUCGUCAAGUGCAAGUAAAGUACCUGACAAAGAUUGGCUCAUACUCUUUUCCUUCUUUCGUUCCACACAUCGCAUCAGGAUAGUCUUAUUUUAAGCUUUUCAUUUAAAAUUCAGAUAAACACAAGCCGUCUUUGAUUCCCUUUACUGAGUUGGGGUAAUACCACACUUUACAAAUAGCCCCGUUGAAGUCAGCGUUUGUGCUUUGUGGAGAUUUGAACCAGUUGUUUGAUUGCCCUAAAGCAAAACGAUCGGCUUUGCGUUUUUCAGGGUGGGUUGUGUUUUGUUUUCUGAAAUGUGAUGUAAACUCUCGGUGGACUCUUCCUUAUGCUAUGCCUGAGUGCUGCGGUCCUGCUUAUUUCAAUAUUUAAUGGUCUCAGCCAUCCUGUUCUGAAGCUAAAUGAAUCUACUGCUAAUGAGCUCAGCCCCAGUCCGUGGCCACGCGCCGGCUCUCCGGCACUGUAAAUCCAUGGAGCUCUGUGUCCGUGGCUGGGGCUACGGCUUUGUGCUGGGGGAAACACUGGCCCGUCCCUUGUGAUGAGAGCCAUGGCACGGUCCUCGGGAAAUGACCAUCUUUUGUAUUGGCCCAGCGGAACAAAAUACCUUCCUUCAUCUUUCUUCUUUUGGUUGUUAACUGAUUCUUGUGAAUUUGGACUCUGAAUGCUGAACAGUAAAUAUUUAUGACAUGUAAUGGCCAAGACUAAAUACAUUCAUUAGCAUAUUUAUUUUUACUGAGUUGCUGCUUUGUGUGCCUGAGGAAAUUAUCAAAUUACUUCUAUUUGAACUGCUCUGUACAAUUUUAGGACUAACAUUUUUAUUCUUGCAUCCCUCUGGAUUUUGGAAUUAGGAUGGGAAGCCUCUGCGUCCUCCCCCACCCCUAAAGUAGAAGCAGUCUUCGAAUACUGACAGUCCAGUAAAACCCAGUCUCUUCAAAGCCCGAGUUGCCCAUGUGCGGUAUCACGAUAUCGAGCGUACAGGUCAAUCACAGUGGGAUUCACCCAUCUAAUUUUUUUUCAGAAAUAACUUGAUUUUUUCUCUUUUUUUUUUUUGUUUUUCUCUUUGUGUCUGUAUGUUUCUUCCUGAUAUGUAUUGUCAUAGGAAGAUGAAGGUAAAUGUUUCCAGAUACAGAAAAUAAACUGACCAGAUGUGUGCUCUCGAUCCGUCUGUCAGAGAGGGUGUCUUGUUGCACUGAUCUCUAGGCAUAGAGUCUCUAAUUGCUCAAAAAAAUGAAAAAGCUCCCUGUUUUAAGUUUCAUGUAAUUUUUCAAAUGUUUAACACUUUCACUGACUGCAGCCACGGUGGUUGAAAUGAUGAUUUGACUGCCGCUGUUCUGGGGGCUGGCCAGUGGGAGCUGUGACAGCGUCGGCCUGCAGCAGUCGGUGUUCCCAGCCCUGCCAGCCCCUUUCUGAGUACCGGGACGGUGGCUGAAAAGGAAAUACUGUUUUUCAGAUUGUUUUAUGAAACUAGUUAAUACGCAACUUGUUUAAUUGUAGCAAAGUUUAAAUUUAAAAAUUAAGAAAAUUGGUAUUUAAUUCUCUUAUUUGUUGUAUUGUAGUGUCCCAUUAAAGCUCAUCUCUGGACG